GUUCAGGCUCGGCUGCGGCUCGGCUGCGGGCUGGACCGACUCCGCUGGACCGCACUGCCAGCUGAACGUCCUGUGUCUGUGUGCCGGGAGAAGGAGAAGGAGGAGGAGGAGGUGGGAGCCUUUUUGUCGUUUAUUUUUCCAAGUUUUCCCGGAAUACUUGCUUCAGCUUACACCGGAGAGGCUGGACCAUCAUACGAAGUCUUCGGCAGGAGAGCAUUUUAAAGAUUGCAUCGUAAAUGUAUCAGAAACUUGGAGCCCAGUAUGAAAAAGGCGAGCAGGGCCACGGGUGCCACCACCAGAACAACGGCUGGCACUAAAGCCCAGGGCAAGCCCGAGGCCACCAGCACUAUGGGCACUGGAGGCAAGGCCACAGCCAAGUCCACAAACUCAGCCCUUCUGUCUAAGACAAAGAGCAAUGAUGAUCUCCCAGCAGUGAGUGCAGGCAGUGGAGGGUCUGCAGCAGGUGGUAGCGCUGCAGCCAAGAGCAAGAGGAGCACCACUUCCACACAGAGCAACACAGAGGCUAAAGCCAAGACUAAUUCAGGUUUAACAGGAAGGCGUGGGGCAUCCUCUGCAACUAAGGAGCCUGGAGUGACCCGAGAAGGUUUGAGAGAGCGUUCCAGGACCGGUACUACUAAGAAGCUCUCUGGACCCUCUGACUCAAUGCCUCCAAAGCGGUCUCGCUGCCGCACUUCUACUGAGGCAGAAACUCAAGCUAGCAAGUCCCGCUACGACAGGCAGAUCAGCAACAAAGCCGUGCUGGAGUCCAGAGUAAAGGACCUGCUGGGUCUGGCCAAGAGCAAAGACCUGGAAAUCAUGCAUUUGCGUUCAGAGCUGCGUGGGAUGAGAGCUCAGCUGGGCCUGGAAGAGCAGGAAGAGCAAGAUGCCCCCGAGGCAGAGAGCCAGGCUGAGCAGCAGCCCCAGGGAAAGGAAACUGCCUGUGGGAUCAGCGCAGCUGAUGUGGAGUCCACCCUCCUGCUUCUGCAGGAUCAGAACCAGGGAAUUCGGGGGGAGUUGAACCUGCUAAAAAGCGAGAACCGCAUGCUUAAAGACCGCCUCAACGCAUUGGGCUUCUCACUGGAACAGAGGCUGGACAGCCCAGAUAAAGGCCCACGUGGUGGAUCUCUCAGUCCGGAGCCGGCCGCUGGUGGAGGGGGCAGUAGAGGUGGUGGAGGAACUCGGGCUUCUUCAGCAGAAGGCUCUGCUGGGGGUUCCACAGAAGACCUACUGUCUGAGGCGAGGCGUGUUGGCUCACCUGAUGCUGUGGAUAGCGAGUGCAGUGAGGCCUACAGUGAGGCCUACCAGCCAGUCACCUCCAGCGACGAUGCCCUGGAUGCGCCUUCAGGCUGUGGCUCCUCAUCUGAGUCCGAGGCUGGCGGCUCCUCUCCAGGUCGAGAGCGGAGGGGCAGCAGUGGGAAUGCCAGUGAGGUGUCUGUGGCCUGCUUAACAGAGCGCAUCCACCAGAUGGAAGAGAACCAGCACAGCACGGCAGAGGAGCUGCAGGCCACGCUGCAGGAGCUGGCCGACUUGCAGCAGAUUGCGCAGGAGCUGAGCGCUGAGAAUGAGCGACUGGGUGAGGAGCGUGCUGUGCUGCUGGACUCACUGAGGCAGCAGGCUGAACGCCUGGAGCUCUAUGGUCGCCAACUGGACUACUUCCGUGGCCUGCUGGACGAGCACCGCGUGGCCUACGCCAAGGAUGAGGAAAAUGAGGACACCAAGAGCGGACGGUAUGUGGAGCUGGAAAGGCGCUACGCUGAGCUGAACGAAAAUGCCCGCUUUGAGAGGGAACAACUGCUGGGAGUACAGCAGCAGCUGAGCGGCGCGCUGAAGAUGGCCGAACAGGAGAACGCUGAGGCGCAGGGCCUGGCAGCCGCCCUGAAGGACCGCGUGCGCCUGGCCGAAAGGACAGCUGAGCUGGAGCGACGAGAGCGUGAGGCAGCUGCUGUGCAGCUGCAGGCCCUCAGACUGCGUGCUGAGGAGGAGCAGGUCGAGCUGGACCGCUGCAGACUUCAGCUGGAUCAGGAGAGGGAGAGGGUUGCCCAGCUCCUCUCCAUCCACAAUGCCGGAGAUAAGACUGACAUCCGCCAUCUGCUGGACAGCGAGAGAUUGGACAAGGAGCGUGCUGAGGCUAAAGCAACAGAGCUGCAGGAGGAGCUGAGGCACACACGUGAAGAGGCUGCCCAGCUGCAGGAUGCAAUUAGUAAGCUGGAGGGAGAUUUCCAGGAGUUCCGGGAUGAGGUGCAGAAACAGUUGGCUGAGCAGAAGCGGGUUUUGGCACAGCAGUGCUCUGAACUGGAGGAGAAAGAUACCGAGAUCGCAGACAUGAAGGAGACUAUCUUUGAGCUGGAGGAUGAGGUGGAGCAGCAUCGAGCUGUCAAACUUCAUGACAACCUCAUCAUCUCAGACCUGGAGAAUUCUAUUAAAAAACUUCAUGACCAGAAAUAUGACAUGGAAAAAGAGAUCAAGACCCUUCACCGUAAACUGCGGGAAGAAUCUGCUGAGUGGAGACAGUUCCAGGCUGAUCUGCAGACGGCUGUGGUCAUUGCCAAUGACAUUAAGUCUGAGGCUCAGGAGGAGAUUGGGGACCUGCGGCGCCGCUUGCAAGAGGCCCAGGACAAGAAUGAAAAAAUGAGCAAAGAGCUGGAUGAGCUCAAAAGCAGAAAGCAGGAUGAAGAGCGUGGCCGUGUGUAUAACUACAUGAAUGCAGUGGAGAGGGAUCUGGCUGCUCUGAGGCAGGGAAUGGGCUUGAGUCGCCGCUCCUCCACCUCCUCAGAGCCCUCUCCCACCGUCAAAACCCUAAUCAAGAGCUUUGACAGUGCCUCGCAAGUUCCUAUUCCAAGCAGUCCAGCAGCUGCUGUUCCAGCUGUGGUCGCUGCAGCCAUUCCCAGAACCCCGCUUAGCCCCAGCCCAUUGAAAACUCCACCCGCUGCUGCGGUGUCUCCAAUGCAGAGGCAUACAGUCACCACACCCAAGCCCCUCUCCUCUCUGGUGGAUAAGAGACCCAGCUACACAGAGCUGAGCAUGCCAGCAGAUCAUCUGCUUCGAACUUCUCCAGGAACUCGCCCUGGCUCUGUUCUCCAGAGAGUGCCUAAUAUAGACCCCACCAAGUCCAUAUCAGUUUCUCGCAGGAGCAGUGAGGAGCUGAAGAGGGAUCUGUCGGUUACGGAUUCAUCAGCACCCUCGUCACUCAUGACUUUAGGCUCCUCCUCCCCUCAGCUCUCUCUGUCUUCCAACUCUUCCUCCCCUACAGCCUCAGUCACACCCACUACACGUGGACGGCUACGAGAGGAGAGGAAGGACCCAUUGUCUGCUCUAGCCAGAGAAUAUGGAGGAUCUAAGAGGAACGCUCUUCUCAGGUGGUGUCAGAAGAAGACAGAAGGUUAUCAGAACAUAGACAUUACCAAUUUCAGCAGCAGCUGGAACGAUGGUUUGGCCUUCUGUGCUGUUCUCCACACUUAUCUACCUGCUCAUAUCCCAUAUCAAGAGCUCAACAGCCAGGACAAGAGGCGUAAUUUUACAUUGGCAUUCCAGGCAGCAGAGAGUGUGGGAAUUAAGUCUACACUGGACAUUGGUGAGAUGGUACACACAGAAAGACCAGACUGGCAGAGUGUGAUGACCUAUGUUACAUCCAUCUACAAAUACUUUGAGACUUGAGUCUCUCUUCUUCUUCCUCUGUUGGUGGCUACAGGUCAGCAGAGACAUUCUGCUGCGUACCUUCAGCUCAAGGCCCUAUGAAACAGACAUUUCAGAUGCAUUGGUUUUGCAUUUUGUUCUGACUGCAAAUCCCUCAUCUGCCA